AUGAAAGAAAUCUACGCUACGAUCGUGAUCUUCGUGGCUGCGAUCAUUCUAGUGGCCGAGGGCCUCCGAAAGUUUCCAGCACACUUUCGGUUCGGUGUCGCUACAUCCUCGUACCAAAUCGAGGGAGGAUGGAACGAGGAUGGUAAGGGCGAGUCGAUCUGGGAUCGGUUGACGCACGAGAAGCCUCACAAAAUAGCCGAUGGCUCGAACGGGGACAUAGCCUGCGAUAGCUACCAUCAGUGGCAACGCGAUGUGGAGAUGGUCCGCGAACUGGGAGUGGACUACUAUCGCUUCUCACUCGCCUGGAGCCGCAUCAUGCCAACUGGAAUGAGUAACAACGUUAACGAAAAGGGCAUCGACUACUACAACCAUCUCAUCAACGGACUGCUGGCCUAUAACAUUACGCCGAUGGUGACCCUGUACCAUUGGGAUUUGCCACAGCGCCUGCAAGAGAUGGGCGGCUGGACCAAUCGGGAGAUUGUCGAGUACUUCCGGGAGUACGCAAGGGUUGCCUUUAGUCGGUUUGGCGAUCGAGUCAAAUUUUGGGCAACGUUUAACCAGCCGACGCAGUCGUGCAAGGAGUCAUACGAGCUGGAUGCUAUGGCUCCCGGCUAUGACUUCCCGGGGGUGUAUAGUUACCUAUGUUCGCAUCACGUGCUGCUGGCACAUGCCGAUGCUGUUGAAGUUUACAGAAAACAUUUUCAGGGCGAUCAAAAUGGAGUGAUCGGAAUGGUAGCCAAUUCUCAUUGGAACGAACCUAACACGCCAGCGGAUGAGGAAGCCUCCGAACGUGCUAUGCAAUUUAAU